AUGGGUGUCCAGAAAAAGACUCGCAAGUUCGCAGAGGUCAAGCGAGUUAUCGGUCGUCGCGAUGCCAGGUUGAAGGAGAACAAGCUCAAGGCUGAGUUGGCGCAGAAGGAGAAGGAAAAGAAGACCAUCAAUGGCGAGAUUAUCCGAGAAGCUCCCCAAAUGCCUAGCAACAUGUUCUUCCAGCACAACACAGCUCUUGUCCCGCCCUACAGCGUUCUCGUCGAUACCAACUUCCUCAGUCACUCAGUCCAGCGAAAGCUCUCUCUUCUCGACUCCAUGAUGGAUUGCCUCUAUGCAAAGUGUAACCCCAUCAUCACAUCAUGUGUCAUGGCUGAGUUGGAAAAGCUUGGACCCAAGUACCGACUGGCGUUGAGGGUUGCGCGAGACGAGCGAUGGACACGACUUGAGUGCGACCACAAGGGUGUAUACGCAGAUGACUGCUUGGUGGACCGAGUGCAAAAGGACAGAAUUUACAUUGUGGGCACAAACGAUAAGGCGCUCAAACAACGACUACGCAAGAUUCCUGGUGUGCCCAUCAUGAGUGUGGCACGUGCCAAGACAUCGUCAUAUCUCACCAUGGAGCUAGACCUUAGCCCAAACGAUAACGAACAGUCAUCAUCUGAAGCUCGUCAAAAACGUUCUCGCAUCCUCCUUUCGUGUGCACCAUGUCGAAACUCAAAGCUCAAGUGCGACAGAGAGCAGCCAUGUAGCCAAUGUGACAAAAAGGGUCGAUCUUUGCAGUGCACUUAUGCUCCCAAGCCUGAGAAGAAGCGGCCAGCUAAAGGCAUGUCAGCGAGGCUAAAGCGGCUUGAAGGUAUGGUACGGGAGAUGAUGGACUCUGAAAACACAGUCCAGACAGAAGGAUCGAGUUCAGUAAGCAGAUCAAGAGUUGCCAAUGGAGCUACUGGUCCGGAGGUGCAAGGUCAAGUAGUGAGAGGUGACAAGACGACAACGUAUGUGGGAGCAACACAUUGUAUGGCCAUGCUGGAAGAUAUUGAAGACCUGAAGAGUUAUUUUGACCAGCCUGAUGAUACGGAGGAAGAUCAAAUUUUGGCAGAUGAGAUCGACCCUACGGAACUCAUGUUGAACACCAGAGCUGGUCCAAGAAACCGAGAGAAGUUGUUAGGUCGUCUACCGGAUCGCAAGGCACUAGAUAUUGUCCAUCGACCGACUUUCACCAGACAGUAUGCAAAGUUCUGGCAAGACCCCGAGGGAACCUCACUGCACUGGAUAGCUCAAUUGUUUAUGAUGCUAAGUCUCGGCGUCUUCUUUAACAAAUUCAUCAACUCAAGUGAACUCGAAGGCGACUCUCCCCUCCCAGCGCUUGACAGAGUUCGUCAUUACAAAGCAUGUGCAGGAUGGGCUCUGGUCUGGGGUAAAUACACACAGCCUUCAUCAGCAACUCUACCUGCUUUCUUGCUGUAUGUCGAGUCACACUUCUUAUUCAACCGUGCAGCCCAGAUGAAUUGCUACGUGCUCUCUGGCGUGUGUAUACGCUUGAUGCUCAAGAUGGGUCUUCAUAGAGAUCCAAGUAAGCUGGCAAACAUUUCGCCCUUUGAAGGUGAGAUGAGACGGCGCAUGUGGAACAUGGCUAUUCAAGUUGAGUUUCUGGUCUCCUUCCACAUGGGACUUCCUAGUAUGCUACAGGGAAUCGAAACGGACACUGCAGUACCACGAAACUUGCAGGAUGAAGACUUUGAUGAAAACUCAACAGAGCUACCUUCGAGCCGACCUUCGACAGAUUGGACGUCUAUGACAUAUCCUAUCCAUAAGACACAGAUUCUACGAGUGUUUGGACAAAUCGCACGGCAGGCUCAUGCCUUGACGCCGCCAAGCUACGGCGAUGUCAUGAAACUGGACGAUUUACUGCAAGAAACUUGGCAAAAUGUUCCCGCUUUCAUGAUGAACGAAAACUGUUCAGAAAUCGGAGGCGACUACGCAGCGCCUACGAAGAAUGAACUUAUCGACAUGAUAAAGCGAUCUCAUCUUAUCUGGUCCGACGUCUCACAAGACGUGUCCGAGGUCAAAAAAACAGCAGACACACUGGCGACAAUGUUAACUAAGCUCGGGGUUCCAGUUAGUCAAUCGACAAACACUUACGAACAAACUAUGUCUAUUAUCAGCGUCGAAAACGAAUCCUCGUCACUAGGUGCUGGCUCGGUAGACCCCAGCACCAUGGGCUCGAUCGAAGCGGACCCGGGACUUUUGUCAUCUCUAGGCCUGAGUAGGACUUUUCACAUGGAGGUGACAAAUAAUCCACAUGCUGAAAUCAACCCAGACACCUCGACGGGAUCUACAUCAGAACAGACACCCCUGGAUCUGGGUCUCACGGGAGAUGCAGGAACUAGCAUGAGUUUUCCGAGUAUGGGGACGGAGGGGCUCGACUUCGAUCCGGCUUGGAUGGAUACUGCAGCUAGCAACAUAGAUUGGCGCUAUCUGGACAUAUCACUUGCUCAUAGUCACGAUGCUGGACGGAACGAGGAUACCGGACACACAUGGAUAGAGAGGGCGCCGCCUUUGGAGGAGAUGAACAUCAUGGGAUCAGGAAAUUGGAUACCCAACCACCCCGGAUCCAGCUGA